GUUUCAUAUAUCCUGGUAAGCUGGUAAUUUUUUAGACAUGUUCAUCAGGUUUUCAACGGGACGACAGAGAGAUAUCUGACUGCAGUCGGUGGAUUUUUGAGAGGAGGGAUAUCUCACUUAAGGCCAAUGAAAUAUUCAGUUAAGGCCAUUGAAAUAUUCAGUUAAGGCCAUUGAAGAUCAAUGAAGUGAAGAUUACAGAAGAAUGAAAGGGAUGAGAAGGUCCUCGGAUUUGGGUGUGGCGGCAGCUCUACUUGUCAUCAGUGCUCUGUUUUUAGUCUUCAUUUUUAGUGAAGACGACAUACUUCCUGAUGAAACCUCAGACAAUGUCCAGAUACAAAAAAAGGAAACAACCUAUCAACACACUCCUCAGACCACAGAGACUGCAGGUGUUUUUACCUGGGACCGUUGUGCACGUAAUGAAUCUGCGGCCAAUGUGUCAGGUUUCUCCUCCCUGCCCGGUCACAUCCAAGACUUCCUUUUUUAUCGUCACUGCCGCCACUUCCCAAUGCUGCUGGAUGUACCUAAUAAAUGUGGAGGCCUGCACAAGUCUGCUGAGGUCUUCCUUCUGCUGGUCAUAAAAAGCUCCCCUUUAAAUUACGACCGCCGCGAAGUACUACGAAAAACCUGGGCCAAAGAGAGACUGCAGAACGGAGUGUGGAUUCGCCGGGUAUUCCUAUCGGGAACAACAGGUACAGGCUUUGAGAAGCAAAAGCUCAGCCAGCUUCUGAGACUGGAGAACCGUGAGCAUAAUGACAUCUUGCAGUGGGACUUCAAUGACACCUUCUUCAACCUCACCCUGAAGCAGAUUCUGUUCUUACAGUGGAUGGACAAGAACUGCCACCAGGCUCGAUUUCUCCUCAACGGAGACGACGAUAUCUUUGCCAACACAGACAACAUGGUGGAAUUCCUUCAGAGCCUCAAAGACAACAGUGGAGACAACCACCUUUUUUCAGGUCAUUUAAUCCAAUAUGUUGGACCCAUUAGAAACGUGCAGAGCAAAUAUUAUAUCCCAGUGCAGGUUCAUGAGUCAGACUCAUAUCCCCCUUACUGUGGUGGAGGGGGUUUCCUGCUUUCUGGAUAUACGGCGAUGGUCAUUUACCAAAUGUCCCAUAAUAUUACCAUUUUGCCAAUUGAUGACGUCUACAUGGGAAUAUGUCUGCAAAAGGCUGGUCUUGGGCCGGAGUCCCAUUUCGGGGUCAGGACUGCCGGGUUCCACAUACGCUCCCAAAAGGUAGAUGCCUACGACCCUUGUUAUUACAAGGAACUCAUUUUAGUACACCGAUUUCAGCCCCAUCAGAUGUAUGUGAUGUGGAAGGCUUUACAUGAACCAAAUUUGAGAUGUACACAUUAACAAGAUUUACUUCAGUUGCAUGACACUGUAAAGUGUAGGGCCCUAUGUUUUAUUUUUUCCCUAAUUCCGUUUUUUCUGUUUUAAUUUCUGAAUACUGGGUUUUAUGAUUUACUCAUGAGAAAUGUUAUCAUGAGAAAGAGUGUCUAAUAAUUUGAAUUAAUAAAACGUCAACAGUUCAAUAGGAUAACAGUAAAAUUGAAAUGAUGCAACAACAUCGUUUUUUUUUUUUAUCAAGGCAAGUUACAGCCCCUGGAAAAAAUUAAGAGACCACUGCACCUUUUUCUUUCC